GAGGCCGACCAGAUUUAAUGGGGUAGAGAGGACGGUGUCCGGUGCAGCAAUACCACAAGUUCCAGCCGGAAGAGUAAAUCCGAAACCGCAGAAACUAGGGUUAAACAGAAUUGUUUCAAAGUAGCUGAGCGCUAUUCUAAAUAGACCAUUUAUAUCGGUCAGUGCUUCAGAAAGGCUGAGGGUUGAGUAUACAGUGGCAUUCGAGACUGGGUUAGGCUCUUCCGUUAAAAUUACAAUACACGGCAACGUCAAUUACUACUCCCCUUAUAAAGUAGCCGAGAAUGGUCAGGCCGUGGGACUGGGAAGGGGGAGAGAGUAAUGCCAUGAGGAGUAUAGAGAUGACAAAAACAUGUGAUUUCGCCAUUUGGUUUUUCUCUAUUUUUUAUAUAAUGGUUUUCGCUGUGUGUGGCAAAGAAGCAUAUGGAAAGGGAUAUUUAUAUGAGUAGAAUGAAUCAUUUAGGUAUUCGGUAUUGUUACGAAAUGGGUUUCUAGUUUUUAAGUUUAAGCUUUUCUGGGUCACAUAUGAUAUGGACACUUAUGUUAUACGUGCACGAGAUAUUUGAGUUACUAGUAAGUGUUGCUUACUUGUUAAACAAUAAGCACCUUUUGGGAAGAGUUUCUAUCUUCUCAACAAAAUCGUAGUUAAUGUGAAAUUUUUCGAGAGAAACCAGAGAUGUGUAGGGUGCGUGUGGAUAACUUUUAUGGUUCUUAGCAAAAAAAAAAAAACUUCUAUGGUUUAGGAUUUUUCGUUAGUUAUGAUUAUACUUAAAUACAUGAUUGACAGCCAUGUGGAAAGCCGAUUAACUGUCCCAAAACAAGUGCAUAUGUUCUUCUUCAUCAUGAGAAAUGUAAAAAACGAAUAAAGGGGAUGCGAACAAUUUUAGUUUAUAUAUGAUCAUUGCCAUAGCUUCAACCGCAAACAAGAAACAACAAGGCCUUCCAAAGAUUUUGGAGAAGUACCUGCACUGCCCUAGAACGGUAUAUAAACAUCAAUUCGUGUGUUUGUAUAUAAAAGUUCAAAUGUUGAGUUUGACAAUACAUGUUAUACAAAGACUUGUCUACUACAAAUUAACGCAUGUGUACAUAUAAUAUAUUUUAUGCGUUUUCAGUUCCGUAUAAAUAAUAAACAUGUAUAUGAUAAUUUCCUAGUCUUUGUUUUUACAUUUAAUAUAAGGUUUUCGUUUGUUUCUAAUUAAGGUUGGUUUUGUCAAUGAUCUGAAAAGGAUUUUCUUUUAUCAACAAUAUUUACAAAAAUCAAUCCAAAUGAAUACUAUUAACGAUAUCUCAAUGCGUCACAAUUUGCUUUGAAUUAAUCUAAGGGAAUCUAAUUGAUGUUCUGCUGCACUAAGACUAAUACGGAUUUGAAAAUAAAUUUUUCUAUUUCAAAUAACUUAUGUUCUAUUGUUAGUAUUUAAAAUAUUUUUGAAUCAUAUGUCUCUUAAUUAUAUGGUUUAAGUAAAAAAAAAUCAAAUAGCAGAUUUCCACAUGGUUGCCAUCGUGAAUAAACAUGUUAGUUUUCAAAAUUUUAAUCGGUUGUUAUUUGGUAUAAUAGAAAAAGAAAAAACAAUAUCCAGCUUUCCACAUGGUCGCAUUAUGAAGUCUCAGUAACAGAGGCGGAGACUGCAGGUCAGGUCAAGGAGAAGAAAUAUAAUAAUCAUUUUGCAAACUUCAAUAUGAAAAUUCGUAUACGUUUUCAUAAGUACAGCUAUUUCUUAAUCAUGUAUAUAUAUUUUUCUGUCUUUUUAGUCAAUUCGUUACAUCAAUAAAUAAGCUACUAACCACAUGAGGAACCACAACACAUAAAGAAGUAAAAGAAAAGCAUUCGUGUUUGCUCUUUAAGUGUUUAUGAUGAUGAAAGGAGAUACACUAGGGAGUCUAGGUUCAAGCUUGGCUGGUUUGUUCUUUAUAUGGGCAACGAUUCAGCGAGUGCUCCCUGACCAUUUGAAGAUUGCAACCAAAGAGUUCUUUUUGUCUGCCAUUCAACAAUUCUCCUUUUUCCAGAGACUUUCUGACCAUUUCACCAGCUUCUUCUCUCCCUAUGUGGAGAUUAACUUCCCAGAACUCCAGGGUUUACAGUUUAACCAAGCUUACUCAGCCAUCAACGCGUACCUUGUGUCCAAAGGCAUCGACAAGGCCAAUCGCCUCAGAGCAAGCCAAGUGAGGGAUACCAAAGGUCUUGUCCUUAAACGUGAGGACACAACCAAGAACGAUGAGUACAAGGGUUUCAAAGUCUGGUGGAAGAAUGUGACUAGUCCUGAUGGAGACAAAUCUUACCAGCUCACUUUUCACAGCCGAGCAAGGAGUGUUAUAACCACUUCAUACAUACAAUAUGUGGUGGAAGAAGGUACACUGUUGCAUACCAAGAACAAGAAGAUGAAGCUGUUCAGCAAUGAGCAAAGUAUAUGGAGGAUUAAUGACUUCGAGCAUCCAGCAAGUUUUCAGACAUUUGCUAUGGAUCCAGAGAAGAAACAAGAGAUCAUUGAUGACCUACUCGCCUUCAUCAACGGGAAAGAGUAUUACAAGAAGAUUGGGAAAGCUUGGAAAAGGGGUUACCUGCUGUAUGGACCACCAGGGAGCGGUAAGUCCACCAUGAUAGCAGCCAUGGCUAAUCUUUUGAACUACUGUAUCUAUGAUCUCGAUCUCACAUCUGUACAUAACAACUUGGAUCUGAAGAAACUGCUCACAACAACAUUCAGCAGGUCCAUUAUUGUGAUUGAAGACAUAGAUUGCUCUGUGAAUCUCACUGGUAAUAGAAUCCAGAAGGACAACUUGAGGAUGAAUGAAGAACAAAGCAAAGAAGUAAACUCAGUGACACUCUCAGGGCUUCUCAACUUCAUUGAUGGUAUUUGGUCGGCUUGUGGGCAGGAAAGGAUUAUAGUUUUCACCACAAACCACUUGCAGAAACUUGACCCGGCUUUGAUAAGGAGAGGAAGAAUGGAUAUGCGCAUUGAGUUGUCUUACUGCACUUACGAGGCCUUCAAGGUUCUUGCCAAGAACUACCUGGAUCUUUGUGAUGAUCAUCAUCCUCUGUUCGAAAAAAUCAAGACUUUGUUGGAGGGGACAAUGAUUACUCCAGCUGAUCUUGCAGAGACAUUGAUGGCAAGAAACCAAAUCAUAGAUGUUGAUGGUUCCUUGAAUAGACUCAUACAAACUCUUGAAAGAAUGAACAACUAUCAAAGGCGUCAACAUUAUGAACACAAGGAGAAACAAGAUCGCAAGAAACACAAAAAGUACAACAUAUUUGGCUCAUUAUGUUCAAAGAGCUAAAGCUUAUAUAUAAUAUUCUUCUCUACUAAUGAUUCUCUUUCCGGUAGAGCUUUAGAUUGUUUUCAUGCGAGGUUUGGCUACUUAGCCUACUGUUGGGCUUUUUUAGCACAUGUCCAAUUCUUCCAACAU